AUGUGUAACUGCUGUUUCUCCUGUCCUCCACAGUUCUUGAGAAGGCAGCAGGUUCUUCAGUUAUACAGAAGAAUUCUGCGGGCUAUUCGUGAGGUACCUACUGAAGAUGAUCGUCAGUAUCUCAAGCAGUGGGCAAGGGAAGAAUUCAAAAGAAAUAAAGAUGCUACAGAAGAGGACACAAUUAAGAUGAUGAUAACUCAUGGCAACAUGCAACUUCAGGAGCUUAAGAAAACACUUCAGCUGGCAAAAUCCUGACUUUAUUUCACUGAGAACUAAAGGACUUUAUCCCAGUAAGAAAUACAGCACUUAAUGCACCAGUUGGUCAAGACAGUGGCCUUGUACUAAAGUACUCCUAAUGUUUAAAGAUGGAAUACAGUAUAAAGGGUUUUUUUUCUUGCUUGCUUCUGUUACCCUGAAUUUAUGGCUAUCAGAAAAAAAAAUGACACACCGUAUCUAUUUAGAUAACCAAAUAUGGGGUAUAACACGUGUCAAGGGAGAAAAAAAGUGCCGAAAAAAGGCAAAAAUAAAAAAUAAAAUGAAUAAUAAAGACAGGGGGUGGUGUUAUUUCUUUGUUAGCAUUUCUUAGGCAUUACAGUCUUUUAGGAAUCUUUUCUGUAAGGUGUUCUUAAAAAUAAGUAACCGUUCAGGACAUUGUUAAUAUUGAUAGGUCUGCUGGUUGCUAGAUGUUUUUAGGACUGAAGGGUGUUUGUACGAAGCUACCUCUGCCAGCUUGGUAAAGUAUUUCUAUCAGGCUGAGUAGCUAGCCACUGAGGGACGGGCAUCUGGACUUGGAGCCUGGGGGCUGCAGCUUAACCUCUGGUGACUGCAUACAAAUCGCAGGUCACCCAUUGGAGAACCCUGUCCUAGACCAACUUGACCUUGCUUUUUACUUCUACCAUCUACUCCGAAAAAAAGAAAUAUAUACUUUCAAAAGUGGCAAUGAGCUCUUCAGGCACAGCUAAGAUGCCAUUCAGUUUUGCGUUCUGUAUGGAGAAAAUUAUGACAAAUCAGCAUUAGCAGUCAGGAUCCUAAUUGCCAUCUCUAUUUAGACUACACCACCUCUUUUCCCUCCUGUUUACAUACCCUAUAUAGAGUCACUGAUGUUCAAAUCAGCAAAAGUAGAAAACAUGAAAAUAGAUUUCUUGGCAACAUUUAUGUUUAAUUACUUGGCAAAAACAUUCACUUUAUUAAGGUACAAAAAUUAAAUAGCUGUUCCUCUGCAUUCCUACAUAGUUAAAACAACUGACUUAAAAAUUGUAAACAUACUAAAGUGUCUAAAUCUUUAUUUUUGACUACUGAAGUCAAAGCAGUAAAACUAACAAAUAUCUCAAUUACUACAGAUAUACUGUACUUGUCUGGAUAGUGCAUUAAUAAGAAUUAAAAAUACUGUAAUAUAAUACAA